GCUAGGACGAGCUAGUAGGGCGAGGCUAGAGGCACUGGAAGAGACUCGGUGGUUGCUAAGGCGGGAGGUCACAGAGCGCGGCGCAGGGAUUGGGCCGUGUUCGGGGAGGUGUGUGGUGAUUGGGCGGAGCCCAGGAGACGCCCGGGUGAGGCACGGGUGCGCAAGCGGGAGUUCCGGCUGGAGGCAAGUGCUCAGGGCUGGCACCUUCACCAUGGCCUCGGCAGAGCUGGACUACACCAUCGAGAUCCCGGAUCAGCCCUGCUGGAGCCAGAAGAACAGCCCCAGCCCAGGUGGGAAGGAGGCAGAAACUCAGCAGCCUGUGGUGAUUCUUUUGGGCUGGGGUGGCUGCAAGGACAAGAACCUUGCCAAGUACAGCGCCAUCUACCACAAAAGGGGCUGCAUCGUAAUCCGAUACAUAGCCCCGUGGCACAUGGUUUUCUUCUCCGAGUCGAUGGGCAUCCCUUCACUUCGUGUUUUGGCCCAGAAGCUGCUUGAGCUGCUCUUUGAUUAUGAGAUUGAGAAGGAGCCUCUGCUCUUCCAUGUCUUCAGCAACGCUGGUGUCAUGCUAUACCGGUACGUGCUGGAGCUCCUGCAGACCCAUCGCUUCCACCACCUGCGGGUGGUGGGCACCAUCUUUGACAGCGCUCCUGGUGACAGCAACCUGCUAGGGGCUCUGCGGGCCCUGGCAGCCAUCCUGGAGCACUGGCCCGCCAUACUGCGCCUGUUGCUGCUGGUGGCCUUUGCCCUGGUGGUUGUCCUAUUCCACUUCCUGCUUGCUCCCAUCACAGCCCUCUUCCACACCCACUUCUAUGACAGGCUGCAGGACGCGGGCUCUUGCUGGCCCGAGCUCUACCUCUACUCGAGGGCUGAUGAAGUAGUCCAGUCCAGAGACGUAGAACGCAUGGUGGAGGCACGCCUGGCACGCCGGGUCCUCGUGCGCUCUGUGGACUUUGUGUCAUCUGCACAUGUCAGCCACCUUCGUGACUACCCUACUUACUACACGAGCCUCUGUGUCGACUUCAUGCGCAACUGUGUCCACUGCUGAGGUCAUUGCUCGACCUCACCUCUGCUCCAGAAAUAAAUGCCUGAUACCUCCCCACCACCUGCAUCUGUGGGGCCCUCUUCUGGUUCAACUCUCUGUGGCCGUUUGGGACUCUGUGGUCUCCUAAGUAGAAAAUUCCUAUAGGCCUGUCUCCUGGGGACCUCUGUCUGCUGGUGGUCUGCUUACCACAGAAUCCUAAGGUGCAGGAAUGCCGGGGCAUGUGUCUGGGGGAGUCUUACAGUGAGUUGUGUUUGGACAAGUGCCAGUCAGGCUGCUGAUUCCUGUGGCAUGCAGGCUGUAAAGGUUGACAAAGGGCAGCGGGAGACCUACUCUCUUUUUCUUCAUUUAAUUUAUUUUUUUGAGACAGGGUCUCACUCUGUCAUCCUGGCUGGGGUGCAAUGGUGCAGUCACGGCUCACUGUAGCCUCAACCUCCUAGGCCCAAGUGAUCCUCUCACUUCAGCCUCCCAAAGUGCUAGGACUACAGGCAUGAGUGACCAUGCCUGGCCAAGAUCUCUUCUCUUAACAAAAUUUCAAGUGUGUACAAUACUUAAAAUUUAAGGGAUGAUAUAAUACACAGCAGACCUCUAGAACUGAAUAAUCUUGUAUCUUGCAUAAUGCAGAACUUCAUCAUCCUGUAUAGUUGCCAGAAUUGAGUUUUGAUUCCUUGAAAGGAACGUGAGCUUUGUGGGGAAAUGCCAGAGGGAAGGUAUCUCGAUUAGGGGUAGGGUCAGGCGGGGGAUAGGGGCUGUGAUCAUUGCCCCAGCAGGGCAAAGCCCUACAGUGCAAAGUACCAUCCACAUGGGUCCCACUUGGCAGUUGAGAGGCUCCUCUGACCUCACUGCCUGGGAGUCUCAGGUAGAAGCCAGAUGAGGAGCUAAGGAUGCAGAGGUUAGGGGCCUGCCCGGCUCCACCACACUUUGCUUGGAAACCGCCGGAUCCGGGAAAGUUGCAAGCUGAAAGUUGCCAAAGAGAGCGGGGAGCAGGAAGGCUGCAGCAUUCUAACAGGAGGUGGGACAAGCUAACUCCCAAGCCCUAAAGACCAGAACCAAACUCCCAAGCCCUAGAGACCAGGGUAAGGGGAUUUAGGACUGAAAUAGCAAACUCCUCAUCUCCUUAAAGGGAAACCCAUUUAGAAACUCUCUAGGCAGGAGAGAUGAAUUCAGCCUAAUAGUUCAGUAUCAUUUAUCAUUCCAGAAGUCACUGCUGUACAAUGUUGGCACAUAGUAGGUAUUUAAUAAAUAUUUGUUAAUUGAGCUUA